ACCUGGCGACUUGUAGUUAGCAAAAACAAAUCAGUGACGAAGCAGAUAAACAAUGGAGACCAGAGAAGCUGCCACGUGAUCGAGAAAGUCGUUAAGGGGCGACGAAGCUGUGUAGUCCACAGAGGAUGAAUUUGUUCUCGUCCGAAAAUGCCCAAUUGCGUUGAACCCAAGUUUGAGUCCAACACCUACAUUUCCUGAUAAACUUCAACGAACCAUCCCUCCACCUUUGUUUGUCUUCUUUAACCCCGUGCGUGACGCUCGCGCUCGUUUCACCUUUUAUAUUGAUAGCGCUCUGGGAAGCAUAUAAGAGAUACACGAGCUACGAAAAGCACGGCAAUACAAAGAUUUUGGUAGAAAAAGAAAAUCAGGGAAAACCCUAGGAAUUCGAUGGAGAAAACAAUGAAGGUGAAGGAGAACGGCCCGACUGAGCAGAAUACGGGUCGGGUUAUUGAUGGACCCACGAACCCGAUGGUUUCGCCUCUGCUCACGGAUCUCUACCAAUUUACUAUGGCUUACGCUUACUGGAAAGCUGGCAAGCAUCAAGAACGAGCUGUGUUUGAUUUAUAUUUUCGUAAGAAUCCUUUUGGUGGGGAGUAUACAGUCUUUGCUGGUUUGGAAGAAUGCAUAAAGUUCAUAGCUAAUUUCAAAUUCACAGAGGAGGAGAUCAAAUUCAUCCAGCAUACUUUACCUACAUCAUGUGAGGAUGGUUUCUUUGAAUAUCUUAGAGGAAUUGAUUGCUCUGAUGUGGAGGUAUAUGCAAUUCCUGAGGGAACGGUUGUUUUUCCUAAGACACCUCUAUUGAGAAUUGAAGGACCAAUUGCUCUGGUUCAAUUGCUGGAAACACCCUUUGUGAAUCUAGUUAAUUAUGCAUCAUUAGUUACUACUAAUGCUGCUAGGCAUCGUUUUGUUGCUGGGAAAUCCAAACUUCUACUUGAGUUUGGACUACGAAGGGCUCAGGGGCCUGAUGGUGCAAUAGGAGCAUCAAAGUACUGCUAUAUUGGAGGAUUUGAUGCAACAAGCAAUGUUGCAGCAGGAAGGUUAUUUGGCAUACCCCUUCGUGGCACUCAUUCUCAUGCUUUUGUUAGCUCAUAUAUGGUGUGUGAUCAUUUCACUUGAUUUUUUUUUUUUUUG